CAACAGAAAACUGUUUUUCUCAGAAUGUUGAUCUGUUCCUCCUACGUGUUGGUAUCCGGUUUCGUUAUUACACCCAAAACACAGUCUUCAAAAUGCAACUCGGUGCUGAUGCGCAACAAAAUUUUUGUACCCAGUUGAGCUCGCACUCCUUGAGCACACAUGCGCUCAGACGAAUGAGCACGCUCCGAAACACAGAUGAAAUGUUUGGUUGUCAGCACCGUUCUUAUGGCGGGUUUACAUUAGGGAGAUCUAUAGCUAUAGAUGGAUUUAUUCACGUGAAAAUAGGUGUAAACGGUUUUAAGCUGAAGGAGGCGAAGUAUACAGAGUUGGAGCAGCUGCAUCGAUCUCAAGAAACACGAAAGUUUUAUCAGAAGCUCAACGUAUCCCGCAAAGGCUUUGUGCCACGAGCCAAAAUGUGUCGGGAUAAGAAUGGGAGUACUCUGACGGACAAUCGUGAAGUGGCGGAAAGGUGGAAGCAACCUGUUGCGGCAGCUCAUUAGAAAAUAAAUAUAUUGUGAACCCUACUUCUAAGCCAAGUUACAUUGUGGUAAUAGAUUGCAACAUGCGAGGGAAAUAUUUCAAUAUUGAAAAUUAUAGUAAAAUUAUAGUAUACCUCACUCUCUCUAAGUAUUAAUUCUCCUGAUAUAAAUCGCUGAUCUCAGCAAGAACAAUAUAAUCUAUUGAAGCAGAUAACUCUUUGUAACGAGUAUUCA